AUGGCGACCCAAGCACCUUCCGACGCCGCUACGGAUUCGUCUCAAUUGAAGAUGUAUCCCAAGCCAGUGACAAUACUAAUCAUUGGUAUGGCUGGUAGUGGUAAGACGACACUUAUGCAACGUUUAAAUGCCUAUGGAGUCGAUUCUGGCUUGCGCAAUUAUGUGAUUAAUCUGGAUCCAGCCGUUCGCAAAACUGGGUACACUGCGAAUGUGGAUAUUCGAGAUACAGUAGACUAUAAACAGGUCAUGAAAGAGUAUGAACUUGGUCCAAAUGGAGCGAUUAUGACGUCGCUUAAUUUAUUUGCUACUCGUUUUGACCAAGUUAUUAAUCUAUUGAGCAAACGUAGCAAUGACCUCGACUAUGCUAUUGUAGACACCCCUGGACAAAUUGAAGCUUUUACGUGGUCAGCAUCGGGUCAAAUCAUUACGGAAUCACUGGCAUCGACUUUUCCGUCUGUGAUUGUCUACGUUAUGGAUACACCACGUACUGCUAGCCCCAAUACGUUCAUGUCCAAUAUGUUGUAUGCUUGUAGUAUCCUCUACAAGCUAAAACUGCCUUUUGUCGUCGUGUUUAACAAGAUUGACGUGCUCCGACACGACUUUGCAACUGAAUGGAUGACGGACUUUGAAGCUUUUCAAAAAGCAUUGGAUGAGGUACAGGACGACAGUUAUAUGGGAAGUCUUUCACGCUCACUCAGUCUUGUACUGGAAGAGUUUUACAACAAUUUGACGUCGGUGGGCGUGUCUGCUGCGACUGGAGAGGGAAUGCCCGAGUUUUUUGCUGCUGUCGACCAAGCUGCCAAGCAAUACGAGAACGAAUACCUUCCAGAUCUGCUCGAACGUAUCAAGCAGCAAGAAAAGAAAAAACACCAACAACAAGAAGCGACAUUGUCAAAUGUCCUGCAAGAUAUGGACAUUUCGGAUGACAAAGUAGUGCCUACUAACGUAGCUGGUGAGCGUACUGAUCUAUAA